AAUUAGAUAUGUAUCUAUUUUAUAUGAUACAUGGCAUCAAUGUAUUGGACAAGCCACGAAUACUAACUCUCAUCGUAAUAAAAGACGACGAAUUUCCAGAGAAAGGUGACCAAUAUAUAGACAAUAGACUUCGCAAAGAGCAUUGAAGAUACAAAACUUGAUCACCUACACCUCAAACCAGAGUCUCUAAUGGGGGAAAACCCAGAAACACUGACCUCCAGCUCUCACCCUUCUUCUUCGUCCCAGAAAUCUCCACAAGUAUCUCCCAAGCAACCGCAGGUUCCAGCAUUCACUGGAUUUCCUCCUUUCCCAAAUGGAGAUUUUCAGAUGUUUCCAGUGAUGUACCCUGCACUUGUUAAUCCAUCUCAAAACCAGGAAAAUAUAAAUCGAGGAGCAGGCAUCUAUGCUGUUCCUGUUUACCCAUAUACUGGUCCUGUUGUUGGAAUUCCAUCUAAUACUCUAAUUCCUCUUACUUACAAUAUACCUACAUCAAGUGCAAAUGCCGGUGCUGUAGGUGAGGAGCAUGGGCAAGAGGGACAACAACAGCAACGUCAACAUCAACAGCCUGCACCUCAAAGACAAGUUGCUGUAAGAAGAUUUCAAAUUGCAUUUCAGCUGGAUUUGUUGCUUAUUCUGAAGUUGGCAGCUGUAAUCUUUUUGUUUAACCAAGAUGGAUCAAGACAAAGGCUUAUUGUACUUGUGUUUUUUGCUUCACUUGUCUAUCUAUAUCAAACUGGAGCUCUUACACCACUGAUACGAUGGCUUUCACAAGGUAUGCAUAGGGCAGCUGCUCAUCCUCCGAGGCCCCCUCCAGUCAGGGCUGAUAAUUUUCUACCUCCUGGAAGGCAGGGACCUGAAAAUGCUGCUUUUGCAGAGGGACAGCCGGGAAUUGAGCUUAGGAAUGUGCUUGGAGACAAUGCAGAUCAAGUGGUGGAAAAUGACAAUGUAGCAGCAGAACCCGAGGCUGCGGCUGGCAAUGGGGGUAACCAGUGGUGGGGAAUUGUAAAGGAAAUUCAGAUGAUUGUUUUUGGCUUCAUCACUUCACUUCUCCCAGGUUUCCAUAACAUAGAUUAAGAUUAUAUACAUGGUGAUUGACAGGUUUACAUGAACUGAACUGACUGACUCAGAAUCUGUUAAGUGUUACAUGAUGAGUUAAUUUUAAUCAUAGAUAUAGCUUGAUGUAUUGUGUGAUAAGGUUCAGUUUUUUUUUUUUUUUUUUGGUGGAAUUUUGUGAGUGAAGAUGGGUUAUGUGCAUGUAUCUUCUGUAUGGGUUUGAUAGAAUUCGACAAUUUUACUUGGGGUGCAUUUAGUUGGAGGUAAUAAAAUAAAAAUGAAAUCAAUUUUUAUUUCA